AUGGGCCAGCAAGAUCAACUUCUCCAGAAAUGGUUCCCUCAUACCACAGCUCCACUCAUCGCCAAUGCACCUAUGUUCGGAUUUGCAGAUUAUAAUCUCGCAGUUGCAGUGACAAAAGCUGGCGGUCUUGGAUUUAUUGGUGGAGGAUUUGACUUCUCCUCAGAGUCAAGCCAGCUCACAAAGCUCAAUGAUCAGCUGGAAAAGGCUCGUGCAGAACUUGGGGCUACUGCUUCUAAAAACCUACCCAUUGGCGUCGGGUUUAUUACCUUCAAGCCCGCGGGAUUCAUUGAGAAUGUGAUCCCUUUACUUCAGAGUCAUCGAGUGGCGGCUAUCUGGCUAUCCUUCCCCGAAUCUGACGCGGAUCACCUGCCCCUCAUAGAGGGGAUUCGCCAGGCUCGGACCAAGAACGACUGGGAAGUCAAAAUAUUUGUGCAGACAGGAACUGUUCGGGCAGCCUUGAAAGCUGUUAAGCAAGGUGCUGAUGCUGUGGUCGUGCAAGGCUCCGAUGCUGGAGGGCACCAAUGGGCUCAAGGAGCCAGUCUGAUCUCACUUUUACCCGAGGUGCGCGAUUCGUUUGUCGAAAAUGGGGUUGCUUCCCAUACGGCGAUUUUGGCGGCUGGUGGUAUUGCGGAUGGCAGGGGCUGUGUGGCUGCACUUGGACUUGGCGCCGAUGGAGUAGUCAUGGGUACAAGAUUCAUCGCUACAGCAGAAUGCCCGGCUCCACCUACUAUCAAACAAGCGAUUCUAUCUGGCAGCGACGGCGCUGCCUCGACCGUCAAGUCCACCAAACACGAUGUCUUCCAAUCAACAGAUGUUUUCCCCCGGCAAUAUGACGGUAGAGCUGUCAUUGGCAUUAGCUUCGAUGAGUUCAAAUCGGGUGCUAGCGACGAUGAAAUUAUCCAGCGGUAUAAUGAUGCCAUGAAGAACGGAGAGGACUAUCGACGGACCGUGUGGGCUGGCGCAAGCAUCGGUGUUAUAAAAGAAGAAUUGACUGUAUCUGAAUUAGUCAAGGGUGUUCAGAACGAGGUGAAGUCAGUCAUGAACCGACUCAUUCAGAGCCUAUAG